AUGAGCACCCAGACACAAACAGAAACAAUCGUCCUACGAACAAGAGCAUCCACCGAAGCCAUACCAGCCGAACAUGAGAUUCCCCAAGACACACCCCCCGAGCCAAAAUGGAUGUACGCCAAAGUCCUCAGCGCGGGCUUAUCCUUCUUCGUCGCGGGCGUCAACGACGGAAGUCUAGGCUCACUCAUUCCCUACGUGAUCCGCACCUACGACAUCGGAACAAACAUGGUAGCCGUAGUAUACGGCACCACCUUCUUCGGCUGGUUCGUCGCCGCCCUUACCAACAGCACAAUAACCAAAUACCUAGACCUAGGACCAAUCCUCAGUCUAGGCGCAGCCAUCCAGGUCAUUUCCCACGUGUUGCGCGUUUGGGAACCCCCAUUCGCUCUGUACGCCGUGACAUUCUUCCUCGCUAGUCUGGGCCAGGCCUACAAUGAUACCCACGCUAACACGUUCGUGUCAUCGCUCAACGGCGCGCACCGCUGGCUCGGCUUUAUCCAUGCUAUGUACAUGGCCGGAUGUCUAGUUGCGCCGUUCGUAGCGACGGGUGUUGCGUCAGCGAAUGCCGAUUCGAAGUGGUCUUUGUUCUAUCUUUUCCCGCUGGGAUUGGGCGUCGCGAAUCUGGUGUUUGUGGCUGCUUCGUUCCGGGAUCGCAUGGCUGCGUCGGCUGUUUUGAGGGGGAGGGUUGGGGAGACUCCGAAGUCUGCGAUUCGGGAGAUUAAAGAUACGCUUUCGAUGCCCGGGGUUUGGUUGCUUAGUUUGUUUUUCUUUUUCUUUCUGGGUGCUUCGGUUACUGCGGGCGGUUGGAUGGUCGAAUACCUUGUUCAAGUCCGCAAUGGCGAUGUUAAAGAAAUGGGCUACGUGCCGGCUGGAUUCUUCGGCGGUGCGUUCCUUGGACGGCUAAUCCUCGCUGAACCGACGCAUAGACUGGGCGAGCGCCGUAUGAUCUUUCUAUAUGCUUUGUUGUGUGUAGGAUUGCAGUUGGUUUUCUGGCUUGUCCCAAAUAUCAUCACCGAGGCGGUUGCAGUCAGUCUGCUGGGCUUCUUCUCUGGUCCUUUUUUCGCAACAGGUAUAUCAGUAGGCUCAAAGAUUUUCUCGCCCGAGAUUCGCUCUUCGGCAAUCGCAUUCGUCUUUGUACUUGGACAGAUCGGUGGAUCUGUCUUCCCUGCUUUGACGGGCGUUAUCGCGAGUCGGGUAGGUGUCCAGGUGUUGCAGCCCAUGCUUGUUGGUUUGCUCGGUGCUGCCGCUGGGAGCUGGUUAAUUUUGCCCAAGGAUGCUGCGUUGCAUCGGGAUUGA